CGCCAUUAAACUCUAGAAGAAGAAGAAAACGGAGCAGAGGGGGUCUUAUUCGCAGUCCUCGUGUGAUCUGUUACCGCGGCUCUGGGGAUUUUAAUUAACUGCUGUAAUGGACGGAUCCGGGGAAGAGUUCAUGAAAUAUCGCUCACCGCUGGUGUCCCGGUAUGCCAGCAAAGAGAUGGCCUACAACUUCAGCGAUAAGAACAAAUUCUCUACAUGGAGACAAUUGUGGAUUUACCUUGCUGAGGCCCAAAAAGAAUUGGGUCUCCCCAUAACCGAUGCCCAGUUGAGCGAGAUGAAGGCUCACUGGGAUGACAUUGAUUUUGGCGUAGCUGCAGUGGAAGAGAAGAAGUUGAGGCAUGAUGUCAUGGCACAUGUUCACACAUUCGCUCACUGCUGUCCCACUGCUGCUCCCAUCAUCCACUUGGGUGCCACUUCCUGUUAUGUGGGAGACAAUACGGAUCUGAUAAUGCUGCGUGAUGGAUUUGAUAUCCUGCUACCCAAGUUGGCUCGUGUCAUAGACAGGCUGGCUAAAUUUGCAGAGGAAUAUGCUGAACUGCCGACUUUAGGCUUCACUCAUUAUCAACCAGCUCAGCUGACUACAGUGGGGAAGCGUGCUUGUCUGUGGCUGCAGGAUCUGGUCAUGGACAUGCGUAAUCUUCAGCGUGCAAGAGACGACCUGCGAUUCCGGGGCGUCAAAGGAACCACAGGCACUCAGGCCAGCUUCCUGCAGCUCUUUGAUGGGGAUCAUGAGAAGGUGGAGGAGUUGGAUAGGAAGGUCACUGAGAAGGCUGGAUUUAAAAAAUCAUACCUGGUGACGGGUCAAACAUACAGUCGUAAGGUGGAUAUCGACACACUCUGUGUGUUGGCCAGCCUCGGAGCCACCGUACAUAAGAUUUGCACUGAUAUCCGUCUGUUGGCUAAUCAGAAAGAGAUUGAGGAGCCGUUUGAGAAAGAGCAGAUUGGUUCAAGUGCCAUGCCGUACAAGAGAAACCCCAUGCGUGCGGAGCGCUGCUGUAGUCUUGCUCGCCACCUGAUGGCGCUGGUGUCAGACCCUCUGCAGACAGCAGCAGUGCAGUGGCUGGAAAGAACCCUGGACGACAGCGCUAACAGGAGGAUCUCAUUGCCUGAGUCCUUCCUCACAGCGGACAUCAUCCUCAGCACUCUGCAGAACAUCACUGAAGGGCUGGUGGUGUAUCCUAAGGUGAUUGAGAGGCAUAUCCGUUAUGAGCUGCCCUUUAUGGCUACUGAAAACAUCAUCAUGGCCAUGGUAAAGGCUGGAGGAAACAGACAGGACUGCCAUGAGAAGAUUCGGGUGUUGUCCCAGCAAGCUGCGGCUGUAGUAAAACAGGAAGGUGGUGAUAAUGACCUAAUUGAUCGGGUUAAGGCUGAUCCAUAUUUCACCCCCAUACUUGGACAGCUGGACGCCUUACUGGACCCCAAAACCUUUAUUGGCCGAGCCCCACAACAGGUUAGGAGGUUUUUGGCUGAGGAGGUCAGGCCUGUUCUAGAGCCAUACAAAAGUAAAAUGGAUGUGAAGAUUGAACUAGAGCUCUGAAACAAACAUACAGUUGAAGUCAAAAGUUUUCAUACACCUUGCAGAAUCUGUAAAAUGUAAAUUAUUUUUACCAAAAUAAGAGGGAUCAUACAAAAUGCAUGUUAUUUUUUUAUUUAGUACUAACCUGGAUAAGACAUUUCACAUAGAAGACAUUUACAUAUAGUCCACAAGAGAAAAUAUUAGUAAUGAUUUAGUGAUAGUUGUUCAUGAGUCCCUUGUUUGUCCUGAACAUUUAAACUGCCUGCUGUUCAGAAAAAUCCUACAGGUCCCACAAAUUCUUUAGUUUUUCAUCAUUUUUGUGUAUUUGAACCCUUUCUAACAAUGAUUGUAUGAUUUUUGAGAUCCAUCUUUUAACACUGAGGACAACUGAGAGACUCAUAUGCAACUAUUACAGAAGUUUCAAACGCACACUGAUGCACCAGAAGGAAAAACGAUGCCGAAGAGCCGGGGGUGGAAAGUUUUUGAAUUUGAUCAGGGUAAAUAUAACUUAUUUUGUAUUCUUGGAAGCAUGCUAGUAUCUUUUGUAGCUUCUGAGCAAAAUAAGGAAAAAUGUACACAUAUUCUUCCAGUUCAAAAGUUUACACCCAAAGUUUAAUGCAUCGUUUUUCCUUCUGAAGCAUCAGUGACUGUUUCAAUCUUCUGUAAUAGUUGCAUAUGAGUCCCUCAGUUGUCCUCAGUGUGGAAAAAAAAAAAUUGAUCUCCUGAAAGGGUUCAAAUACACAAAAAUGCUGAAAAACCAAAGAAUUUGUGGGACCUAAAGGAUUUUUCUGAAGAACAGCAGGCAGUUUAACUGUUCAUGAACAAUUAUCAUUAAAUUACUUCAAUAAUUACUAUUUUCUUUUGUGGACUAUAUGUAAAUAUAUUUUAUGUGAAAUACCUCAUUCAGGUCAGUACUAAAAAAAAAAAAACAAACAAACAUGAAUUUUACAUGAUCUCUCUUAUUUUGGUAAAAUAAUUAACAUUUUGAGGAUUUUCUAGGGUUUAUGUGAACUUUUGACUCAAAGUGUCUGACUACUAAUGUCAGAA